AGCGGAAGUCGUCACUCAGAAGAGCCCGAGCCUCACGCCGCGGAUCCCGCAGUAGACUCGCCAUGGCAAUGGGCGGUAGCGGUGGUGUCCCAGAGCAGGAAGAUGCGGUGCUGUUCCGGCGUGGCACAGGCCAGAGUGAUGAUUCUGACAUUUGGGAUGAUACAGCGUUGAUAAAAGCCUAUGAUAAAGCUGUGGCUUCAUUUAAGCAUGCUCUAAAGAAUGGUGACAUUUGUGAACCUUCAGACAAACCAAAAGGCACACCUAAAAGAAAACCUACUAAGAAGAAUAAAAGCCAAAAAAAGAAUACCACGACUCCAUUGAAACAGUGGAAAGUUGGUGAUAAAUGUUCUGCCAUUUGGUCAGAAGAUGGCUGCGUUUAUCCAGCUACCAUUGCGUCACUUGAUUUAAAGAGAGAAACCUGUGUUGUGGUUUACACUGGAUAUGGAAAUAGAGAGGAGCAAAAUCUGUCUGAUCUACUUUUCCCAACCUUUGGAGGAGUUAAUAAUGUAGAUCAGAAUACUCAGGAGAAUGCUCAAGAGAAUGAAAAUGAAAGUCAAAUUUCAACAGAUGAAAGUGAGAACUCCUCCAGGUCUCCUGGAAAUAAACCAAAUAACAUCAAGUCUAAAGCUGCUGCAUGGAAUUCUUUCCUGCCUCCACCGCCGCCAGUGCCAGGGUUGGGAGUGGGACCCGGAAAGCCAGGCCUAAAAUUCAGUGGCCCACCACCACCACCGCCACCCUCCUUCCUAUCAUGCUGGCUACCUCCAUUUCCUUCUGGACCACCAAUAAUUCCCCCACCACCUCCCAUAUGUCCAGAUUCUCUUGACGAUGCAGAUGCCCUGGGAAGUAUGUUAAUCUCUUGGUACAUGAGUGGCUAUCAUACUGGCUAUUAUAUGGGCUACAGACAAAGUCAAAAAGAAGGAAAGUGUUCGCAUUUCAAUUAAGGAGUUACUCGUACAGUGUACUUUUAUGGGUACAGCUCUCUCCCACGGAGAAUGGUAUUUUGAUGUUCCCUUGUCAGUGUGAAAAAAGCUUCAUCAUUUUCUUCAUGAACACUUGGUUGGAUAGCACAGUCCUCUGCAUUUUUUCAGUUGUCGCAUGUGUUCCAUGCUUUAAUAACCAAGGAAGUGUUUUUAGGGAAUAAUCAGUUUGAAUAACUGGACAGUGCAAAUAUGGGUGGUUAAAAGAUUCUCUGGGUUGCAUAUAGUGCAUAAAAGUCAUCUGUCAAAUUACAGUUGAGCAUGCUUUUAUAUUGUCACUUCCUUUGUAUGUUAAACUUUUUAUUGAUACUUUUAAAAAUAAAUGUGAUAAAUCUUUUUUUUUUUUUAAACCUGAAAUACAUGAAUAUUUUUCUUUGGAAUAUAUAUGGUGAGGUUAAAUCUGUCUGAAGAUGUAGGAAGGAAACUACUUGGACUAAUUGGGUAAAAUAGUAUUGAAAAGGUACAACCAGUUGUAAAGCACUCUCACUGAUAAUCCAAAGUUAAGAAACAAAGGCUAGCUGAGUGUCACAAGGACUGGAUUUGCCCAGUCAGGAACCAAGACUCUGUCUGCUUCUUGGGAGUCUUGUUGUCAUUUUCCUCUCUGUACCUUCUCUUUCUUGUCUUUGUCUCUGUCCUUGUCUCUCUGUUUGACUCCCCGCCUCCGUUUUCCCUUCCCUCUCCCUCUCCCUCGCUCUCUUCCCUACUUCCUCUCUCCCAACUGCUUCCUCUCUCAACUGUGCCUGGCCCAUUUCCUCAAAGAAGAUUCAGCACAGUUGUCUGAGUUUAAUUUUAGUUAUGAAGGUAGCUUAUUUGCUUUUAAGUAAUUUUUACUGCUUUAAAUACAUAAUACAAUUGGAAAAUGGUUUUAAGUUCAACCAAGUUAUUCAUUUCAGUGAAUAUUUAUUGAAUUUUGUGUCUGUGCUAGCACCGUUCUAGGUGCUUGGAAGACAACACUGAACACAACAGAUGAAAGUCUGCCCUCAUGAAAUUUGUAGUGGUGGGAACCAGACAGUAAACAAGUUAAAUGUCUAAGGUGACAGAUGGUUAUAAAGGCUAUAGAUAAAAGAGAAGCAGGGAAAGUGAGAUUGCGGGGGGUGCUUUUUAAAAAAAAAUGGUCAGGGAUGGGAAAAUUUGGGAGCAGUUAAUGGUGAUGGUUGAACAACAUGAUGAACAUAUUAAUGUCACUGAACUGUACAAGUAGAGAUGGUUGAAAUGGCAGAGGCUUAUUAUUUACCAUAAUUUAAAAAUUAUUUACCAUGAAUAAAAAAAGAAAUCAGGGGAAUCCUUGUUGGCAUGACAUUUGAGCAGAGAUCGGAAUGAAAUGAGAGUGAGAGCCAUUCAGAUAACUAGAAAGAACCUUCUAGGCAAAGGAGAUGACAGGUGAAGGCUUGAAGGAAUGAAAGACUCUAAGGAAGACUCAGCCUCACAUGUUCAGGGAACAGCAGGGAGACCUGUGUGACUCAAGUAGAAUGAACAUGGGGGAAGAAAUUGAGAUGGGGUUAAGAGGGGCAACCAGGGACCAGGUCACGUGUAGGCCAUUGUAAGGUCUUCAGUAUUUACUUUGAGCUGGGAAUCUAUUGGAAAGUUUUGAGCUAGAGAUGUAGCAUGAUGAGACAUAAAAAGUGCCUUCUGACUGCUAUGUUGCAAAUAGACCAUAGGGAGGAAGCAGGCAGACUAGUUAGGACCAGUGGGUAGUACUGUUUGCAUCUGAAUGUAUAUUGAGGUAGAGCCUUCAGGAUUUGUCAAUAGAUGGGAUGUGGAGUAUGAGAGAGAAGAGUCAAGGAUAACUCCAAGCUUUUUGGCCUAAGCAACUGGAAGAAUAAAGUUGGAAUUUACUGAGCUGGAAAAGUCUACAUAAAGAGUACUUUUUUGGAGAGGAAUGGUUAAGAGUUGGCUUUUGGACAUAAAAAUUUGAGAUGCCCAUCAGUAGGAGUUGCAUAUGAGUAAGGAGUUCGGGGGAAAGUCUGGGCUAGAGAUGAAAAUUUAGAAGUCAACCCAGAGGCGGAAUUUAAAGCCAUUCAACAGGAUGAGAUAGGCAAAGAGUGAAUUUAAAUGAAGAUGUUGUCAGGAAAAAACUCCAGGAGUACUCCCAGUGUUUAGAGAUCAGAGAUAUGAGCAGAAACAGCAAAGGAAACCAAGAAGGGAGCCCCCAGUGAGUUAGGAAAAUGAGGAGGGAUGUGAUGUCCUGGAAGCCAAGUGAAGAACAAACUUUGAGGAGGUGGGAAUGUCAUAUGCUACCAAUAGGUCACAUGCUGCUAAUGGGCCCAGUAAGAUGAGGACUGAGAAGUGCCCAUUGAAUUUGGCAAUGGGAGGUCAUUGGUGACCUUGGGGGCUGUUCUGGUGGAAUAAUGUAGGUGAAAGCCUGAAGGGAGGGAGUGAAAGAAUGAGAGAACAGUUGAAGAUAGUGCAUGUAGAUGAAUUUUGUAUUGUUUACUUCUGAGUUUUUGUUAUAUUUGGAUAUUAAUAAAAUCAUAUUUGAUACAGCUUUAUUUUAGUAAGGGUGUUAUUUUGUGCAACUUGUUUCAGUUACGUACCUGUGUAUGUGAUAUGUAUUUGAUGUUGGUGGUGUGUGUAUGUGUACUGCAUUGUAAUAUUAAAUAUAUUUUUUAUUGUGGGUCAUGGUAAAAAAGUUUGAAAAAUAUGGAGUUAUGAAAGACUAGGUAGGCAACUCGGGGGCAGUGAGUUUAUGUUAACGGAGGAGGAACACUUCAGAAAAAGAGGGUGAGAAUGAUUGCAUAACUUGAAUGUAAUCAAUGUCACUGAAUUGUACAUGCAGAAAUUGAAUUAGUGUAUGUUCUGCUGUGUAUAUUCUCAUCAACCACAAAAAAAUAAGCAAGUUAUUUAAAAAAUAUGGAGUUAAAGCAAGAAAGUGCAGGGAAUCAAUGUUCAAGGAAGAGGUUGAGUAUAUGUGGGAUUUUACCCAAAGUGGGCACAGUGGGAGGAUUUAGGGAGCUGAGAGGCUUGGGAAAUGUGAUCACAGAGGGGGAGUUUAGAACCAGAAGAGUGAGUGCUGGACAAUGAGGGACGAUCCAGUAAAGAAAAAGAGGGUAUUUAGCUCUGUGGGCAGCAUAGUCUCUGUUGCAAUUUUUUUUUUAACCCUUUAAAAAUGUAAAAAUGACUCAGCUCAAGGGCCGUAUAAAAACAGUCCAGGGGCCAUACUUUGAUGACACUGCACUAUACUAAGAGGCUCUUAACAGAAGCUCUGAACAAAUAAUUUUCAUGGAGUCCUGUUUGUUUUCAAAUUAUUAUUUUUAAUUGGUAGCCUUUAAAAGUAGCCUGCCUUUUACCUUUGUCCUCCGGCUGUCCUGUUCCCCUCUCUGAAGUCAAUCACUGUUAGAUGUUUUCUUGUAUAUCACUUGAAAAGUUUUCUAUGAAUGUGUAACAUGCAUGUGUACAUCCUGUCAUUCAGUUUUAAGAAAUUUAACUAGGUUC